CUCAUCGUGUAGAUUGCUAAUGGCUCUUAGGUUUUGAAAGAAUUCCGAAGAGCUUUCUACUAUGGUUGAUACUGCUGCCGUGCUUGUAGCUUUACGAUGGCACCGGCACCUGCAUUCACCCCGCCAUCGGAACUUCCAUUGAGGUUAUCGUCAUCCCUGCAAAAAUUCUUUUCCAAGGAUGAUUCAAUGCCUCAUAGUACCCCGCCAUUACAACAGCCAUUCUUUCCAAGACACACCCCAAAAUAGACCCCAACAAACCCAAUACCUCUAAAUUCAUCUCAACCUCCAGAGUUACAGCACUUCUGUAUACAUCAAUCAUGGCCGAGCAAAAGAAAGCAGAGAACAUGUUGUGGGGAGGCCGAUUUACUGGUGCGUCUAAUGCAUUUGUAAACAAACAAUCAAUGAGUACUAGCUGACAUUCACAGGCGGUCUUGACCCUUUGAUGGUUGCAUAUAAUGAGUCAAUCUACUUCGACCGACACCUAUACGCUCAAGACAUCGCAGGAAGCAUCGCAUGGGCACGCGCAAACCAGAAAGCCGGCAUUCUCACUCCUGAAGAAUUCGCAGCAAUUGAGUCCGGCUUCGAGAAGGUCAAGGAAGAAUGGGUCUCCGGCACAUUCAAGAUCAUUCCAGGCGUUGACGAGGAUAUCCACACCGCUAACGAGCGACGACUGGGAGAAAUCAUUGGCAAGGACAUUGGAGGAAAGUUGCAUACGGGCAGAAGUCGAAAUGAACAAGUUGCGACCGAUAUGCGAUUGUGGUUACGUGACGAGCUGCGAACGAUUGAGGGACACAUGGUCGACUUUUUGAAGGUCACUGCUGCCAGAGCGGAGAAGGAGAUUGAUCAUAUCAUGCCGGGAUACACACAUUUGCAACGUGCUCAGCCUAUUCGAUGGAGUCACUGGAUGUUAUCGUAUGGAACUGCUUUUGCCGCUGAUCUUGAACGACUACGAGAGGUCAUCUCGCGUGUGAACCAGAGUCCUCUGGGUGCUGGUGCUCUUGCUGGAAACUGCUUUGGGUUGGAUAGACAGGCAAUGGCUGAGGAGCUGGGUUUUGAGGGGUUAAUUUGGAACAGCAUGGCAGCAGUUUCAAGUCGUGACUUUGUCGUUGAGGCCAUGCAAUGGGGAAGCACACUUAUGAUGCACAUGUCUCGGUAAGUUACCUUUAGAAAGAUUCUACAAUCCAUUCUAACAGACAUUUCUAGAUGGGCCGAGGAUCUUAUCGUCUACUCCACCGGAGAGUUCGCAUACGUCAGAUUAGCCGACGCCUACUCAACAGGAAGUUCCCUCAUGCCUCAGAAGAAGAACCCAGACUCCCUAGAGUUGUUGAGAGGAAAGUCCGGUCGAGCAUUUGGCCACAUGGCCGGUCUCAUGAUGACCGUCAAGGGCCUUCCAAGCACAUACAACAAAGAUCUCCAAGAAUCUCUCGAGCCAAUGCUUGACCAUGUCAAGACGGUCUCCGACAGUAUCCAAAUCGCCACAGGAGUUCUCAGCACCCUAGCCAUCAACCCAGAAAAGAUGCGCGCAUCCCUCGACCCAUUCAUGUUAGCCACAGAUCUGGCAGACUACCUUGUCAAGAAAGGCGUGCCAUUCCGAGAAACCCAUCACAUCUCCGGACAGUGUGUUGCCCACUCGGAAAAGACAGGUACACCCAUGAACGAGAUGAGCCACGCAGACUUCCAGGCCAUCGAUGCGAGAUUCGAUGCCGAUGUACUCCAGUGUUUCGACUACGAGGUUAGUGUCGAGCAGCAUUCUGCACAGGGCGGAACAGCUCGUAAGAGUGUCCUGGAACAGGUUGAGGUAUUGAAGAAGAUGCUUGUUUAAUUUCUGCCGGAAAAAGGGAAUCUUGAGAAAAGUUUUAGUUUAAUGGAUUGUCUUUUUUGUACUUCUAAUACAGCAAGCAUGAUUGAUUUGAUAUCCUAUGAUACAAUAGAUAGGACCAGAAUAGAAAAAAAGCCCGUUUCUUUA